GACGGACCACGGCCACGGGUGCGUUCGGCCGCCCCGCACUCCGCCCGCCCGUCCCAUUGUCGGCGCCACGUGACCCAAAAGGACUGGGCGCCAUAGCUUGCAGCCACCAGGUCCCAGCAACAGCAACCAUCCUCUCCAUCUCUCUCGCUCUCGGCUGCUGCCUGCCUGUGGCUCCCUCCUCCGUCCCCGCCACGGUCACUGUCGCCGUAUCACCACCCAGCCCCCUCCAGCUGUAGCUUGUGCUAGUACCAGGUUGCGGCACCUCAAGCAGCGCCUGUCCACUCCUCCUCCUCCCGCCGCCGCCGCCGCGCGCGGCCGUCGAUCUCGCGCCGCCAAGAGCUAGCCUUUCUCCAAACCACCCACCAGAAAAGACCCCCCCUACCUGCUCCCUCCUCCUCCUGCUCCGCCGGACCGCCCGCGCCCGCGCCCGCGCCCGGGGAGGCUAGCUGCAGCUUCGCCUAUCUUCCCGCGGCUCCAUUGUCGCCGGAGGCCGAGCCUACAGCACCAGCGGCAGCAGCGCGUUUAAUCUGCGGCGCCACGCGGCGGCCUUGUCCCGCAUCAAAAAGAAACCUCCCGAUGCGAUUCCUCCCCAAUUUUUAAUUGCUCUCAUUCAUCAAGCGCCUCCCCCAACGGCGACCCCCGGCGGCUGGUACUAACUAGUACUCCUCACUGGAGUAAAGAAGAAGAGCUAGCAGCUCGCCGAGCUGCUGCGGCUCGGGACUUCUUUAAUGCGGCGGGUUUAAUUAGUGCUCGGGCGGAGGGGGGCUAAUUAUUUUAGCGCAGCUGUCUCUGGCCUCCUCUCUCCCCGUUGGGAACUCGCGAAAGCUUCGUUUCUUUUGAGACCCACGCCUGCCUGCCUCCGCCUCCGCCUCCACCCAACCCCUCCGCCGCUGCCCUCCUUCCCGCUGCUAGCUAUUCUUCUUUCUCGGUACUAGCGCGCGCCUGCUUUGGGGUGGCUGGCUGGCUGGCGGGCUGGUCGUCGCGCAUUUCCACGAGCACAUGGUGGGCACUGCGCCGGGGGAUGGGGAGCGGCAGUAAGCUGGGCAAGAAGGAGGACGGAGGACGAGGCAUGGAGAAGGAGGCGAAGCAACAGCAGCAGCUGCAGCUGCGGCAGCGCCACGCGGCGAGGCGCGGGCGGAGGCCGCUGGCGGCGCUGGCCUUCGUGGCCAUGGCCGUCGCCUGCUCCGCGGCCGUGCACUGGCAGCUGCGCCGCGAGACCAUGGAGCGCGCCGAGCUGCGCCUCGUCAGCAUGUGCGAGGAGCGGGCCAGGAUGCUGCAGGAGCAGUUCGGGGUCACCGUCAACCACGUGCACGCGCUCUCCAUCCUCAUCUCCAUCUUCCACUUCGAGAAGAACCCCUCGGCAAUCGACCAGGAUACGUUUGCGAAAUACACGGCAAUGACAUCGUUCGAGCGUCCGUUGCUGAAUGGGAUUGCGUACGCGGAGCGCAUCUUCCCUCAUGAGAAGGAAAUGUUCGAAAGAAAGCACGGAUGGAUCAUGAAGACGAUGAAUCGAGAGGCUGCGCCUCUGCAAGAAGAGUAUGCCCCGGUGAUUUUCUCCCAGGAUACCGUCUCCUACCUUGCGCGCAUGGACAUGAUGUCUGGGGAGGAGGACCGAGAAAACAUCUUGCGAGCAAGGACUACGGGCAAGCCUGUAUUGACAAACCCAUUUCGGCUUCUUGGGUCAAACCAUUUGGGCGUAGUGCUCACUUUUGCUGUGUAUCGCCCUAAUCUACCUGCCGAUGCUUCAGUCGAGCAACGCGUGGAAGCAACUGCCGGUUAUCUUGGUGGAGCUUUUGAUGUGGAGACACUUGUGGAGAAUUUGUUGAGUAAACUUGCUGGCAAUCAGGAUAUAUUGGUGAAUGUGUACGAUGUCACAAAUGCUUCAGAACCUAUGGCUAUGUAUGGAUCUCAAACACCAGAUGAUAAAGUGGGCCUCUUGCAUGUUAGCAUGCUUGAUUUUGGAGAUCCGUUUAGGAGGCAUGAAAUGAGGUGCAGCUAUACACAAAAGCCUCCUUUGCCAUGGUCUGCCAUUAGUAAUCCUCUUGGCACUUUCGUCAUAUGGAUGCUUGUGGGUUAUAUAAUUUGUGCUGCAUGGUCUCGGUAUGACAAAGUUACAGAGGAUUGUAGAAAGAUGGAGGAGCUCAAAACUCAAGCGGAAGCUGCUGAUAUUGCAAAGUCUCAGUUCCUGGCAACUGUAUCACAUGAAAUCAGAACUCCUAUGAAUGGCGUCCUCGGAAUGCUGGACAUGCUUUUGGGGACAGAUCUGACUAUGACUCAGAAGGAUUUUGCUCAGACUGCUCAGGGUUGUGGCAAAAAUUUGAUAAGACUGAUAAAUGAUGUACUUGAUCGUGCAAAGUUUGAGGCUGGAAGGUUGGAACUUGAGGCAGUGCCUUUCGACUUGCGAUCACUAUUGGACGAUGUGAUCUCUUUGUUUCCUUCAAAGUUAAAAGAGAAGAGCAUAGAGCUUGCAGUGUUUGUGUGUGAUGAUGUCCCAAAACUUGUCAUUGGUGAUCCUUGGAGAUUUCAACAGAUAGUAACAAAUUUAGUGGGCAACGCAGUCAAAUUCACAGAACGGGGUCAUGUUUUUGUGCGGGUCUCUUUGGCUGAACAGUCAAAUGUGGAAACUUGUCGGGUCCCUAAUGUAACCCUCAAUGGAAAAGAUUGUAAAGUUGAGUCCACAGCUAAUGGUGCCUUCAAUACAUUGAGUGGGUUUCAAGCUGCGGAUGAACGAAAUAGCUGGGAAUAUUUUAAGCUGCUGCUCUCUGAUAAGGAGUUACCUUCGAAUGAGCUUGAGGGUGAAAAAUGUAACCAAAUGGAUGCCGAUCAGGUGACCUUGAUGAUAAGCAUUGAAGAUACAGGUGUUGGUAUCCCACUGCAUGCACAAGAUCGUGUUUUUACGCCUUUUAUGCAGGCGGAUAGUUCAACUUCAAGGAACUAUGGUGGAACUGGCAUUGGUUUAAGCAUCAGCAAAUGUCUGGCCGAACUUAUGGGCGGGCAAAUAAGUUUCACUAGCCGUCCUUCCAUUGGCAGUACAUUUACAUUCUCAGCUGUUGUGAAGCGUGCAUCCGAAGAUACUUCAAGUGAUUCAGAGAGGAGCCUUUGCGAGGCACUACCAACUGCCUUUAGGGGAAUGAAGGCGAUCUUGGUAGAUGGGAAACCUGUACGUAGUGCUGUCACUAGAUAUCACCUUAACAGGUUGGGAAUAACUGUUCAAGUUGUGAAUAAUAUGAGUAUGGGAGUUCAGGCCUUUGGGCAAAACGGUGCAACAGAGUCAAGAGAAAAACCCUCCAUGCUUUUUAUUCAGAAUGACAUCUGGAGGCCUGAGACAGAUAUUCAGCUAUUGAAUCGGUUACAUGCUCUCAGGAUGAAUGGUCAAGUUCACGAGUUGCCCAAAUUGAUCCUCUUGGUCACGUCUGAAGCUGAUAAAGAGAAGUACGGAUCCACGUUCAAUGCUGUGCUGUGUAAGCCUAUCAGAGCAAGCACAAUAGCUUCUUGUCUGCAACAGCUGCUACAAGUGGAGAUACCUGUAAGGAAAGAAAAUCAAAAUAGGCCCUCAUUUCUCCGUAACCUGUUGGUUGGGAAGAAUAUAUUGGUUGUGGAUGAUAACAAGGUAAACCUGCGAGUUGCUCACGCCGCACUAAAGAAGUAUGGUGCCAAGGUUCAUUGCGUUGAAAGUGGCAAGGAUGCCAUCUCCUUGCUUCAACCACCACACUUCUUCGAUGCAUGUUUUAUGGAUGUUCAAAUGCCUGAGAUGGAUGGGUUUGAGGCAACCAGGCAAAUAAGGGAAAUGGAGAAGAAAGCGAAUGAGGAAAAGAGAGAGCAGUCGACUUCAGCAGAAGGUUCAACAUCUGCGGAUUGGCAUUUGCCUGUUCUGGCAAUGACUGCUGAUGUUAUUCAGGCAACUUACGACAAGUGUAUAAAAUCGGGAAUGGAUGGGUAUGUGUCGAAACCAUUCGACGAGCAGCAGCUGUACCAAGCGGUCUCCAGAUUAGUGGUGGGAACAACUGAUCCGGCUCCAUGAUCUGCUCGAUUGGCUGGAUCCAGGCCUCGUUAGUUGAAGUGGUUUCAAGCUGACUCUGACUCUUACAGUAGACGGAAAGGUGGAGAAGGUACCUUGAGCUAGUGAAGUUCGUUGCAGCAGCGGUACCGAUGAUGCACAUUUCUGCUGCAGACCAGGGGCGUUGCAGCCAUGGUAAUGAUGACGCGUUGCGGUCGGCAUUUCGGCUGCAGCCCAGGGGAGAACACGAAGAAGGUACCUUGAGAUAGGUAGAUUAGGGUUUUUUUUUGGUUUGGGUGUUGGUAGACAGAUGUAUGUUGUUGUAUCUUCUGUCUGUUCAUUCUUUGAAAAUAUAACACCUCUGUGCUGUGCUGUGCUGCACUGCACUGCACUGCACUCCCCCGAGUUUCAGAGCCCUGUGAAAAGAAAGAAAUGGUCGACUUUUCAA